GAUGCAGGCAUUUAAAGCACAAAGGACUCUGGGAAUUGUAGUUUGUAGCCCUUCCAAUCCGUUUUCGUGGCUUCUUGCUGAAAGCGCAUCAGGUUAUAUAGACUUUUGACAUUCUUCACGGAAUCAAGAUGUGGCUGUUGAAUUGGAAGGCGCUGGAAAACUUUCCAUUGCUGAUGUACAUUUUAGCUGCCAAAACAUUAAUUCUUUGCUUAGCGUUUGCUGGGGUAAAAAUAUACCAGAGGAAAAGGCUAGAAGAAAAAAUGAAAAAAGAAGAGGAGGAAAGGCUGAAAAAAGCAGGCAAGAAAGAAAACUGAAGGAUUUUACAAAGGCAUUUGGCAGCUUGCUUGGAUUCCUUUCUUUGGAGAGCUGAAGACUUUUUUUCUGUGCCAGAGAAAUUAAGUUUCCAAGAGAAUCAAUUAUUUAAACCAAAUUGUCUUGAAUUAUUAUUAUUAUUUGUAUGAGUAAGAAGAAUAUUUUGUCACCACUUUAUACAAUAAGAGUUCCCUUUGUAAAA